AAGUGUGUCGACACAGCGACGAGCUUCGCAGUCAUCAUAUCAUCCGCUGGUAGUUUUCUGUGUCAUGACUUUAGCUCAGAGUUGCGUUUACAAACUCCCAAAAUGCGGCGUUACAUUCGUGCACUAAUGCUGUGCACGGUGUUCGCCGUGUUUUCGGGCUUGUAUGUUUACAGUAAGUUGUUCUACUCGGACGGGUCGGUCGGUGGGAGCGGACCGAGGAGGGCUUUCAUCCCACCGGGGAGAGUCUCCGGAGGCAGGCGAGGGGCCGCCGACAAACCCGGGGCCCGAAGCCCGCACUGGUACAAUAGGUACAUCAUGCGUCAGCGGGGUCAGGUGGAGGCAGGCGGUGGCAGCGUUCAGAGCAGACCUGAACCUCCCAUGCACCUGGCCGUGGUGGCCUGUGGGGAGAGACUGGAAGAGACUCUCACCAUGAUAAAAUCUGCUGUGCUUUUCAGCAUCAAGCGCCUCUGCCUGCACAUCUUCGCUGAAGAUCAGCUACACGCCAGCUUCGUGGAAGCUUUGGAGUCGUGGCCUGGUUUUAUUCGCUCCAGGUUCAACUACACAGUCUACUCCAUCAGCUUCCCCAGUGAGAACGCAGCCGAGUGGAAGAAACUCUUCAAACCCUGCGCUUCUCAGAGGCUCUUCUUACCCCUGAUCCUGAAGGACGUCGACUCGAUCGUGUACGUCGACUCAGACAUCCUCUUCCUGCAGCCCGUAGACCGCCUGUGGGCGUUCCUGUCCCAGUUUAAUUCCUCCCAGCUGGCUGCCAUGGCCCCGGAGCACGAGGAGCCCCGUAUCGCCUGGUACAACCGCUUCGCCCGCCACCCCUUCUACGGCAGGACGGGCAUCAACUCGGGGGUGAUGCUCAUGAACAUGACGCGGAUGAGGGACAUGUUCUUUAAGAAUGACAUGACGUCCGUGGGGCUGCGCUGGGAGGAGCUGCUGAUGCCUCUACUUCAGAAAUACAAACUCAACAUAACCUGGGGAGACCAGGACCUUCUCAAUAUCAUUUUCCACCACAACCCUGAGUCCUUGCUGGAGUUUCCGUGCCAGUGGAAUUAUCGUCCAGAUCAUUGCAUCUAUGGCAGCAACUGCGCGUCAGCUGAAGAAGAUGGCAUCUACAUACUGCAUGGAAACAGAGGGGUUUACCACGACAACAAACAACCCGCCUUCAGAGCUGUUUAUGAGGCCAUACGAAAGUACUCGUUUGGCGCAGACCCUGUGACUUCUCUGCUGGAUCCACUAGAGGAGGAGCUGUUGAAGACGACACACACUUAUUGUGGUAAAUCCCACGCGCUCCUCACCAUGAGACUGUCGCACAGCCUGGCAAACAUCAACAGGAAGGCCCCACGUGGACGGUGACAAUACUGAAUCACAAUGAUGGGACGGAGAUCUGAAGGAGAAACUGUAGACCUUGGGCUUGGUCAGAAGGACUUGAUUGUGACUGGCCGUACAAACUUGUACAACAGGGUUCUUUUUUUGACUGAUAUACAAAAAAUGCAACCACUACAACAGUUAACAUGUUUUUACCUGGCAAACUGUUCAAUAAUAAUGAACCUGAGUUGUCCAAAGAUGCUUAGACGGCAUUGUGGACAACUAAUGAGUGGAGCUUUUAGCUUAUUUUGGUGAACAGCUGCUACAUAAGACAGUUGGGAUUGUCUCAAACUGAGACUAAUUACUGCUCACCUCUUGUAAAUUGCUCUGGAUAAGAGCGUGAUGUAAAUGCCUGAAAUCUAUCGUAAAUGUUGCAAAUGCCAGUUGGCUUUGUGGCAAAGAACUGAACGUUACAGAGAAAAACUAUUUACUACAGAUGGAUUCUUUUCCCCCAGGUGUUUCGAUUACAGACUUUCACAACAUUUGAUAUUUUGUUGACAACUGGGGAUUUUUAUUUUUUAAGAAAACAGCAAGCAUCUAGUCUUUUUCUUCCAAUAAUGUUCUCCUUUCAGUGCCCCUUUGGUUACUGACUAAACGGCGAAUAAUCCUCACGGUGCAAAAAGAUGUGUAAAAGUCUGGAAGAGUAGCUAUUAACUUUCCAUAUUGGAGAAUUUAUUGAACCUUGUGAAACACUUUUAUUAUUAAAAGAGAACUGGACAAAGGCUUUCAGCAGGGUGAUGUAUGCACUGGACCACUUUUUCAACCUUCAGAAACCAACGAGAUGGAAGAGAAGUCAUUUCAGAUAACAGGAUUUCUGAGUUUGUAAAGUGAUUGAUUAUGUAAACAGUUUCUGGAAUAGUUCCUCAUGUGUGAUUUUCUACAGUGGCAGGGUUUAAACCUCUAUCAGAGUACUGUUUUCCUGAGUAAAGGUUUGUUCUAUUCUGUUAUUUUAUUUGUUACUUUGACCCGAAAUAAAAGCAAAAGGUCAUUUGUAUGUUGUAUAAUAUCAAGUGUACAAUUUUGCGACUCUACACAAACGUUUGUUUUUGUGUCUUAUGACGUCAUACAUUUACUUAUGUCGCUGGCACAUUGCUUGAAUAAUUGGAUACCAUGUACUCUUUUGUUUUUAAAGGAUAUGUAAUGCUAUUUGAAUAAGCUACAAGUUCCUCUCCCGAUGCCAAAGCAUUUCUUUUUUUUACUGUAAUUAUGGGUUUUGCACCAUUGAAUGUAUUUUGAAGAAGGGUUGAAGUCAAAAUGUUAUGAUCAGUGCUCAUGUUGGUUGUAAUGUGAGGAUAUCCUCAGUGACAUGUUUACUCGUUUAUGUGUUUUUGUGUGUUUUUUACAUUAAAAGAUCAUUUUGUGA